CAGCAGCAAAGCAGCAAGAAGAGUUGGUGCUGGGGUCUGGGGGGCCCCCCCUUUGCCGGAAAGUCUCGGGCCUCCGGGGGCCCCCUCAUGAAGGGGGCCCCUGGGGGGGCCCCCAGGACCCCCCAGGAGGGGGCCCCCAGGGCCCCCAAGGGGCCCCAGGGGGAAAAUCCUCCUCUGGCGUGCUGCUGUGGCUGCUGGCCGUGGGGGGGGCCCUCAGCGUCACUCUGGGCUGUGUUGCUGCAGUGGGCACUUUAAUAACAGCAGCAAAACUCUCGGAGGCCCCCCUGGUGUUUCUGGAGAGACGGGGGGCCCCCUGGGAGCGAGGAGGGCCCCCCGGGGGACCCCCCGGGGGGCCCCCCAGAAGGCCCCCGGGGGCCCCUCCCGAAGGGCCCCCUGGGGGGCCCCCCAGGGGGCCCCCCGAGGGGUUGCUCCAGGGAGCCUCGGCGCUGGGGUGGGGGGCUAAAGACGGGAGUCUUCCGGGGCCCCUGAGGGAGGCCCCCGGGGGCCCCGGGACUGCUGCUGCUGCUGCUGCUGCUGCUGCUGCUGCUGCUGCUGAGGCGCGGUCUGCUGCUGCUGCAGCCAGCUGGGACAGCUCCAAAGUGUUUCUUGUCUCUGCUUUUGCUGCAAGGCCAGCAGACAUUUCUGAGCUCAGGGCCCUCCCGCUGCAGCAGCUGGCGCUGCUGGGGGCCCUCGUUUUGCAGGUGCGGCUUCGGCCUCUGCUGCUGCGCUAA